GGCCGGGGCGAGGCGGGGGCCCGAAGGUGUAAGAAUUUGUCUGUAUCUUUCUGGAAUUCCUAUUGGAUGCUGCCCUCUGAUGUUUGUGGAAUGAACUGCUUUUGGGAAGCUGCUUUUAGAUAUGAUUAUAUGAAAACACAUCCUUCUGAGAAAAUGCAUCUAGCAGUGGUGGCCUGUGGUGAAAGACUGGAAGAAACUGUUACUAUGUUGAGAUCAGCCAUUAUUUUCAGCAUCAGACCUCUCCACUUUCAUAUUUUUGCUGAGGACCAAUUACACGAGCGUUUCAAAGACAUACUUGACGAAUUCCCCUAUGAAGGAAAAGUUAAUUAUACGUUAUAUCCAAUAACAUUUCCAACUGAGAGUGCAGCAGAAUGGAAGAAAUUGUUUAAACCAUGUGCUUCACAAAGGCUAUUUUUGCCAUUAAUCCUCAAAAAUGUGGAUUCACUACUGUAUGUUGAUACCGACAUCCUGUUUUUGAGGCCUGUUGAUGAUAUUUGGUCUUUUCUGGGAAAGUUCAACUCCACACAAAUCGCUGCAAUGGCACCAGAACACGAAGAGCCUCGUAUUGGGUGGUAUAAUCGCUUUGCUAGACAUCCCUAUUAUGGAGUAACUGGAAUUAAUUCUGGAGUCAUGUUAAUGAAUAUGACACGUAUUAGAAGAAAAUAUUUCAAGAAUGAUAUGACACCAGUCCGGUUACAGUGGGGAGAAAUUCUUAUGCCACUGCUGAAGAAAUACAAGUUGAACAUAACAUGGGGUGAUCAGGAUCUAUUGAACAUUAUGUUUUUUCACAAUCCAGAAAGUCUUUAUGUCUUUCCUUGCCAAUGGAAUUAUCGACCUGACCACUGCAUCUAUGGAAGCAAUUGUAAGGCAGCUGAAGAAGAAGGUAUAUUUAUUCUUCAUGGAAACAGAGGUGUGUACCACGAUGAUAAACAACCAACUUUUAGGGCUGUCUAUGAAGCAAUAAAAAAUUAUUCAUUUGGAGAUGAUCUGGUUCACUCACUGCUGCAGCCCCUAGAACUGGAAUUACAGAAAACCAUGCAUACAUACUGUGGAAGAGUUUACAAAGUAUUCAUAAAACAACUAACAAAAAGCAUAAAAGACUUGUAUGCCAGAAGAUCAAAGGGAAGGUGACUUUUGACUCCUAGCUGUUAUAUCAAGAGACUGAAUUAAUAUACUGGUCAAAAGAUGCAAGAAUUUUAAUACAGCUUGAAUGGGCUCUUAAUGUGCCCAGACAGAAGUUUACUAGCAUACAUAAAAAUGAAGAAAAUAUUCACAUAAUGAAGAACAGGAACUUUUUUCUGCAGAGGUGACUUUUUGCUCUUUUGAAGCUUAAUCACUGCUAAUGUUUAUCUUGGUUCUGAUGAUUUGGGUGUUACUGGCUUCUAUGGUCAGUACUUUUAGUCUGACCAUAAUUCAGUUAUCUAAUGAUCAAACAAACAAGGAAGAAAUGAAGAUGGUUCUGUUUGAGAGUGUACCUCAUAUAUUGUCUAAAAUUAUAUUAAAACUGUGAAUGUAGCAAUAACUGAGUCAGCAGCACUAACCUCACUUUAAAGGUGCGAGCCUUUAUGUAAACAAAGUUGUUUACAAGUGCAGAAAAUACUCUGUUUUCAACAAAAUGGGUUGUAAUUAUUGACAAUCUGUAUGUGCCUUUACGUGUUCAUCUCUUACAUGUUGAAGUACUGUUUUGACAAUCUUGUUUAUCUCAGAUGUGAACUGCACGCUAUAAAUAGGAUUUUCUGGGAAGCUGAUAACUAGUAUGUGAUACUAGUUUUCUCCAUUGGUAAAUACGGAGACUUUAUAUUAAAAAACAUUUUUUUGAACAUUGUAGAGCCGUUAGCUCUAAAAGGUAGAGCAGAGUUGAGGGGGUUUUAAGUAAAAAUUCAUUUUGAAGUUGCUUGUCUUAUGAUACUUUUUAAAAAAUUCAUGGUUUUGCAGCUUUAAUAGGGCAUUUGGGAAGCCAAGAAAAACCCAACAGUGGAAAUCUGUUGCUGUUGUAUUUCCAUACUAGGAAUUAUUACCUGAUGAUUGUUAUAGAGUAUGUAGGACCUAAAAGUGAAGAGCUGUAGUAAGAGUUCUGAUGCUUCAUCAGACUGUGUAGUAGAUAGGUUUCUUAGAGAAUAUAUCCUGUUACCAUAUAUUUUUAAAUAACAUGGCUUUAAAAUAGCUUUGGGGCAGACUCUCAAUGCAAUGAAUGCAUUACUGUCAAUAGGGUGAUAGUGAUUUGCAACAGGUAAGGAUUAGGCUUUCUUCAACUGUCUUAGUGAAAAAAAGAAGUACUGUUUAUGCAAUACAAACUUUUUCCCCAGAGAAAAUGAUGAAGAAAAGGGCAGAACUCUAGUGUUACAGUAAAAUAUUUAAGCUUACAUGGUAUAAAAUGUAUUUGUAAAGUAUAUUUGAACUUAGAUAACCUGUCUAAGUGAGAUGAAGUCUUCAUAAAGUGAGGUUUUGGAUUCCAGAAAAGUUCCUGUGUGUUGAACAUGGAGGAUCCACUCACUGACUUGCACCUUCAUCCCAACCCCAUUUUAGAAGCUUAAUUUUUGUGGCUGUUUCCAUGUCAAAAGUAGGAUGCCUCUGAUUUCCAGAUUCAUGUGAGUUGAGCAAAUGCUUUAGCAGUACAAAAACGCACUACACUAUAAGCAGAGUUUAUAUUCUGUUUCUAAUCUCCCUGCGGGCUCAGGGUGUAAAUUUCUGGGAUGAAAACUAGGAAGCAGUCUGCCUUGCAUGUAGAUCUCUUUUCCUUGCUGUGUAACCUUUUGAAGACUGAAAAUGGAGAAAUCUGUGUGAAGGUGAAUACUGUGACUGACUGAUUUUACAGUAUGCAGUGCAUUAUUUUUUUACAUAAAUACUGAUUUUUAUAUCAA